UACAUUUAGAAGCAGAAUUAAUUUCUUCGAAUAUGGAUUUACUUUUGGUCAUUCAUCGAGAUCAAGUGUUAACAUAAGCAGACAUUAAUGUAAUAAUUUAUAAAUUUUUUCUGUGAAAGCAUGGCAGAUAAUGGGACAAAAUUAACCAUUGACAAAAAAUCAUUUAAGUGUGAAAUAUGUGGUAAAUCUCUUGCUCACAAGUUCUCACUACACUCACAUAUGAGGAUUCAUACCGGGGAGAAACCAUACAAAUGUGAUGUUUGUGGUAAAUCAUUUAACCAGCGUAGUAAUCUACGCCACCAUUUGAAAAUUCACAAGUGUGAGAAACCAUAUAAAUGUGAUGUUUGUUGUAAAUCUUUUGCAUUAAAAGGUAAUCUAAAGGUACAUUUGAAACUUCACAAUGGAGAGAAACCUUAUAAAUGUAAUGUUUGUGUUAAAUCAUUUACUUCUUCUAAUAAUCUAAAAUCUCACAUGAGAAUUCAUUCUGGAGAGAAACCAUUUAAGUGUGAUGUUUGUAAUAGAUCAUUUUCCCAACAAGGUAAUCUAAUGGAACACAUGAAAAUUCACACAGGUGAGAAACUAUGUCAGCCUUUUAAAUGUGAUGGUUGUAGUAAAUCCUUUACUACUGCUGGUAAUCUGAACAAACACAUGAGAAUCCAUACUGGAGAGAAACCAUAUAAAUGUGAUGUUUGUGGUUUUUCAUGUACUGCAUCUGAUACACUAAACAUUCACACCAGAAUUCAUUCUGGAGAAAAACCAUUUGAAUGUGUUAUUUGUAAUACAUCAUUUAGUCAUAGAGGGGCUCUACAAGCCCACAUAAGAAUUCAUUCAGGAGAAAAACCAUUUGAGUGUAAUGUUUGUAAUAAAUCGUUUACUCAAAGAGGUGCUCUAGAGAUGCACAUGAGAACUCAUACUAGAAUGAAACCUUUUAAAUGUGAGGUUUGUAAUAGAUCAUUUACUUCUUCUAGUAACUUAAGCAGGCACAUGAGAACUCAUUCAGGAGAUAGACCAUUUGAAUGUGAUGUUUGUAAUAAAUCCUUUAGUCAAAGCGGUAAUCUAAAAACACACAUGAGAACUCAUUCUGAAGAGAAACCAUUCACACAAAAAGGUACUCUAAAUGCUCAUGCGAAAACUGAAAUGCCAUAAUGGAGAGAAGUUACUGAAAAAUAUUUUAUGAUAACUGUGAGUGUUCAAAGCCACCUUGAGAUGCAAUAAAGGCAACCGUCCUAUCAUUGCGACAUGUAUGGGCUAUUUAUUCCAAUAGCAGUAUGUACCAACAUGUGCUCUCUCAACAGACCACAAUUAUUGAUCGAUUCAUUUGAUUUUUAUGGUAUGAAGCAUUGAAUUUAGAACAAGGAAGGAUGACAGCUAUCGCUUUUCAUUGUUUUCUAUUUCUGUCAACAAAUUCAUAUUCUGAUGAGGCUAGAUUUCUUAAUGGAAUUUUGUAUAAACCAACACGUACAUGUAGUCUGUGCUUGAAUUAAGAAUAGUGAUAAGUGAAGAAUAGUAAUACAGGUACAUUUAGUGUAAGUUUACACAUGAUCUGUACAUGUAUUUGAGAAAACGGACAGAUAAAUUCUCAUAGAAGCAGAACACCAACAGAAACAGAAGAACAAUGCAAAGAGAAUGGAGGCGGAUGUAAAUUUGGACCCUGAUCAUUUUUACUACAGCCUGAUAAUUAAAUGUUAUGUUCCUGUGUGUGUUCUGCAUGUAUAUUAUAGUUAUUAUAAUUAUAUAUGGAUGAGUAAUGAUAUUGGUUCCUGUGCUGUUGUAUUAAAAUAAAAGAAAAUCAGCUAUAUUCUUAUAUCAGUUGGUAAUUUACAUGUAUUACAGAGGCUAGAUUUAUUGAUGGAAUAUUUAUACAUCCACACACGGCCUGUGCUUAAAUCUGUCUGUCAAAUAACAUAUGUUUGGCGCAAUAUAGCCCUGUUGAUGCUGAUGUGCCAUUAAACCACAUUUCAUUAUAUUUCAUUUUUGUUUUUAAAUAUUUCGCCUAAUAGUUUGGAUGCAGCUAUGGCGGGUGUGGCGCCAGCCAGGGUAAGCUUACUCUUCCGGACACCUGUUACCACUGUUUGUCGUGUAUUUUGUACACGGCGAGCAGUCCAUUUGCUGAUUACACUAUUUUGCCUGAUUACACUAUUUUGCCUAUACCGUUUGUUUUGGAACACAACCGGUCUAGGCUGUGAUAGUCCAUUGGCCAGUCACGCUAUUUUGCCAAGAUUUCGUCUAAUAGUUUGGAUGCAGCGCCAGGCAGGGUAAGCUUACUCUUCCGGACACCUGUUACCACUGUUUGUCGUGUAUUUUGUACGUGAGGAGCAGUCCAUUUGCUGAUUACACUAUUUUGCUUGAAUACACUAUUUUGCCUAGAACGUUUUUUUAGGACUUCGAAUUCUGUCUUAUGGUUUGGAUUGUUCGUACUUGGUUUUAUUUUAUUUGCAUAAAAGAUUGAUUUUAUUUUUAAUUUUACUUACUGUUAUAUUGUUUUUAUUUAUGCAUAUAAAUUUUCCUGUGAUUGUAAUUUAGUCUGUCUCAAAAUAGCCCAGUUGGAGCUAACGUGCCAUUAAACCACAUUUCAUUUCAUUUCAUUUUGUAUUAUCUAUUUUGUAACUAUUAUAGCAAGAAUGGCCAGCUCUUUAUCUAAUGAAUCUUUCACAUUUAAAUAAUAACAAAUAUAUAUAUUUGUGACUGUCGUUUGUCUGUCUGUCUGUUCGGGGUUGGCGGCUACACUAGGUCUGCCCCGAGUCUGAAAUUUGGGGUAUAGAGGUAGCUCGGAUCAGGGAGUAACAUAGGCCAGAUGGCGUUAGUCUACCACUUCCGGUUUCGGAGUUAUGACCCCCGAGCGAAGCCGGGUAUCUGUCUGUCUCUCUGUUCGGGGUUGGCAGCUACACUAGGUCUGGCCCAAGUCUGAAAUUUGGGGUAUAGGGGUAGCUCGGACCGGGGAGUAACAUAGGCCAGGUGGCGUUAGUCUACCAUUUCCAGUUUCGGAGUUAUGACCCCCGAGCGAAGUCGGUCUGUUCGGGGUUGGCGGCUACACUAGGUCUGCCUCAAGUCUGAAAUUUGGGGUAUAGGGGUAGCUCGGACCGGGGAAUAACAUAGGCCAGGAGGUGUUAGUCUACCACUUCCGGUUUAGGAGUUAUGACCCAGGUAUCCUGCUAGUAAAGAAAUAUAAGCUGGCUCUAGGUACAUGUAAGAUGCAUAAGAAAAUUGGUACAAGAUAAUGAAUGCUAUAUACAUACAAGUAUGUACAUCUAUGAUUGGAUGUAUAUAUUGGAUCUGUUGUAAACUGUAUAAUUGGUUUUCUACAUAUAUGUUGUAAAAUGUGUUUUUGGCUGUAUACAUCUAUUUUGAAAACUAUAUUGGAUGUAUAUUGUGAUAACUGUUGAUUAUGUUGUAAACUGUUGAUUAUGUUGUAAAAUGUAUAUUUUGGUAACUAUUAUGUUGUAAACUGUUGAUAAGGCUAUGAUAAAACUACUACAAAACAUUAUUUAUAAUUAUUAGGAGGUCACGGUGGCCAAGUGGGUAACUGGAAGUCGGGUGUUUGAUCCCUGCAUUGGCCGAGAAAGUUCAUCCAGAUUUUCUGGCGGGAUUCACCCUUGUCAGUGAUGCAGGACGGAGGGCCUGACAAGGACAGCUGUCUAGUCAUUUCAAUGGGACGAAUAACUGAGGUCUCGUGUACAGAUUGGCGUGCACGUAAAACAUCCCUUGACAGUUGGAAUUCGAUAUAAGAGUAGGCUGUAGUGCUGCUGUCCUGUCCGGGUAAAAUUUCCCUUAUAGCACACUGAAUGGCGUAUGCCCAUCUUCAUUAGCCCAGUUCGGAGCAGAACAGUAGGGCAUUAAACCCCAUAAACUAUUCAAGGUAUCCUCACGAAACUUUGUACAAACAUCAGCCUCUUAUAGUAGUUGUCCAUUUUGCUCUUUAGGAAUCUCUUGGAUUUAUAUUUUUUGGUGUACAAUUUUGUUUCCGGAGCAUAUCUCCUAAACCAUUCUAGAUAUCUUCAUGAAACUUUGUAUAAAACAUCAACCUAUUAUAGUAAUUGUGCCUUUUGCUUAUUUCUCAGAUUUAAUCAUUUUUGUUUUUCCAUGGAAACAAAUUUUCUAUUCAGGAAUUUCUUGGAUUUACAAUUUCCUUUGAAACAAAUUUCUCUGUUGAAUGAUUUUUUAAAUUUGUACUACUCAUUUGACUUAGUUUUUGGUAUGUAAUUAUUAUUCUCAGAAACUGUUCAAGAUACCUAUUUAUUUUCUGAUGACCAUCCUUACAUCCGGAUUUUGUUUCCGGAGCAUAUUCCAUUAUACAACAGAAUCUGUAUUAAGCAGGUACGCAAUGAAAUUUUCAUGACUGACACCUUAACGGGAGUGCCCUCUUAAUAAAAUCUCAGUGUUUGUUAGUUCUGACAUCCGUUCAAGAAAUCGUUUUGAAUCUUGGUACAAACAUCAACCUAUUAUAGUACAUAUAUUUUAUUUUCUGAUGUAUAAGCGUAUUGUUUAGCAUACAUAUACAGCAGCUGAUUUGAGUAAGGCAAAGGUCGUUGUGCAAACCUUACAGGGAGUAGCGACCCUGCCUUGCCAAGCUACUGUGAUGAGAGUAUGAAUCUUCUGACUAGUCCCAUUGAUAUUUAAAAAGUUGAUUUGUAUACGCCCACAUUUUCAUGUGGACGUAUAUUGCCGUCGCCCCUGUCCGUCCACAAUUGUUUGUGGACCCUCUACAGGUCACAAUUCUUAUCCGAUUUUGACAAAACAUGAAAAAUAGGUUUAUCUCCAAAAGAUCUUGGUUGCUUUCGAUAGUAGCAUGUAUCGGACCGAAACUUAAUGGAUUAUGGUCCCUGAUUGUACGAAAAAUCACGGUUUUAGCUUGUGGACCCUAUAGAGGUCACAAUUUUUAUCCCAUUUUGUUGAAACUUGAAAUGUAAGUUUAUAACCCAAAGAUCUUGGCUCCUUUUGCG